UAUCAGAACAAAGCAUUCAGAACUGUGUUUCGGACUCAGAAAGAGUGAAAAACCAAAGAAGAAUCAAUCGGAAAAAAUGGGAAGAAAGAAAGGGUAUGUCGAAUUCGAGGAAUCACCACCGGACGAUUUUGAUCCGGCGAAUCCAUACAAAGAUCCGGUGGCUAUGUUAGAAAUGAGAGAACAUAUUGUGAGAGAAAAAUGGAUCCAAAUUGAAAAAGCAAAGAUUAUUAGAGAGAAACUUCGUUGGUGUUAUCGCAUUGAAGGGAUUAAUCAUCUUCAGAAAUGUCGUCAUCUUGUUAAUCAGUAUCUUGAAUCAACAAGGGGGAUUGGUUGGGGCAAAGAUGGUCGUCACCCUUCUCUUCAUGGACCAAAAGUUGAGCCAGUUGAGGCAGAGUCCGAAUGAUUUUCUCGUGGAUAAAUAAAAGGGAAGUUUUAUUACCCGAAUGAUCACAUUGCUGAAAUCAGAUUGUAGGUGGAGGACUAUAUUUGUUCAAGCUGUUGUGUUUUGUUAAUUUUCCUUGGUCAAACUUCCUGUGAACUACAAACAACUGUAUUUUUCUUUGCCUUGGCUUAUAAGGCUUUUAUUGCUUGCUAUUAGCAUUUUAAUGUAAACAAGUAUGGAAAAACUUAUGAGCAGAAGUUCAUCAGAUUAUGAAAUAAGUUUCUCUUUGUGCCUUGUUA